AUGAAUGCUAUUAGUACGAUAUUUUUUCUUAUCGUAUUAUCUACGUGCAAUGGAAAAUCAAUAUUAAAACGAAAAUGUGCAGAAGAUACAAUUGAUUUUGCCACUAAAGUAGAAAAUUCAUCGAUUGUUGUUUAUGGAAAAGCAAUUGAAAAAGUCUUGGAAGAAGAAAGUGGAUCAACAUUUCGUGUGAUAUUUCGAGUUGACUGUAUUUUGAAAGGACCACCUAUAGCAAAAUAUAUUAAUAUUACACGAGCUGGUCGAGCUGAAGGUAAAAUAUAUUGUCAAAAUUUUCCUUCUGCUUUGGAUCAAACAGUUGCUUUUCUUGAACUUGAUUCAUCAAGUGAUUCAAAAACAUUUAUUCCAUCUGAUUUUGCUGAAAUAGUUUUCGAAGACGAUUCAAUAAAUGAAGAACUAGUUAAUACAUGUAAUCUUCAACAAUCGGUUCCACUUGAUUCAUCAUUAUCAAUUACUGAUGUAUGUCCUUCGGUUUCGACUGGUCCUCAAUGUAUUCAGACAACAAUCAAAACUUCUAUGGAUUUAAUUAGUAUUGGUUCAGACUUAUCACCAACAGUUAUUCCAGGUGGGUCACAAUAUGAAAUCGAUACUAUUCGAAGUAUUGCUGAUGAUCCACAAAUAACAUCAUGUUGUAACCGAGUAUUUUGUGCAAAAGAUGCUGAUCUAAAUCAAUAUACAAAUGGUUGUCCAUUAUGUCGUAAAAAACAUUUUGCAUUCAAAUCAUCUCCUAAACAUAAAGAAAUGCUCGAACAACUAACUAUUAAAUGCGUUUGCUCAGAACAUAUAGCUCCCGAUGAAUAUGAGAGACAUCUAGAACGAUGUUCGAAUGUAACAUUGACUUGUCCACAUAAUACUUGUCGAGAAAAGAAUGAUUUAACAAAAUAUAAUUCUCAAGAACUUGUUAGUCAUCUUGCUCGAUAUCAUUGUAAUGAAGUUUCUUUACUUGGUUCAACAUUUAUAAAUAAAAAAUCUGUUGAGUCUUAUAAAAAAGCAUCUAUCAAAUAUCAUGAUCUUGUUUCAACACUUUAUUCAGUACUUUAUCCAAAAAUGAUUGAUAUACAAUUAAAAAAUUGUUCAUCAACUGUUCGAAAUUCGUCAAUAUUCAAAUGUCCACAUGGACAUAAAUUAAUUGAAGCUGAUAAUACAAAACGUAAACGUAAAAAUGGUUCGGUUUAUUCGUCCUCCAGUUAUAAUUGUGAUAUAUGUCAUCAUUCAUUUGCAGAUGGUCAAUCGUGGCAUUGUUCUUGCACAGAUACUGGUUUUGAUAAAUGCGUUGCUUGCCUUGUUUUUCAAUUAUAUAACAUUGAUAAUAAUGUAUUAAAAUUAGCAAGUCAAGAUAAAGAAAAACAACAAGAACAUUAUAGACGAGGUAGUAUUCGUAAUAUUGUACAUUUACCACGUGGUAUAUUUCGUUUAUUAACUGGAAAUAUGGGUGAAAAUGAAGAUAAUAAUGAUUCUAGUCUUUUACCAUUAAGAAAUCGAGCACCAUUUUCAAAUGAACAACAUAUAUCUGAAAGAAGAGAAAAUAAUAGGAAUGAAGAUAAUCAUCACGAAGAUUAA